CGCACUGCGUGCGUGGGCGAGACCGAGCUGCACCGACAGGCCGCUAGCGCACGCCCGGGCUCAUUCCGGGAAUCUCCCCCGCCCCGGGCCUCACCCGGGGGAUUGGGUCCACUCCCAGCCUCUACCGCCCGCCCCCUCGGUGGCCAGACUCGGCCAAUGGGUUCCCGAAGUGGCUGUGUUCCUGGCCAAUGAGAGCAGACCGCCCCCUCGCCGCCCGCUGACUGAACGAGCGCGCGGAAAGCUCACUUCCACUUUCCCCGAAGGAAGAGUUCCCGCGGGAAGCCGGCCCAGCCCCAUCUUCCCAGCUCUUGCGAAUCCCGGGACAGCGGCCACCGACUGCGUGGGCACUCUUGACGCAUCUUCAUUACAAGUGGGGGAGGAAAUCCACUUCUUGUUUCUCUGACUUGGCCACUAACAGAAGUGAGUCAUAGUUCCUUAGAAGUCAUCAUGAACUCCAUGAAUCCUGAAGAGAACAAGUCAUUCACUGCUACAGAAAAUGGCCAGAGUCGCAGACCUGAAGAUUCAAAGGAUACGGUCUUGAUGCAGACGCGUCUUGGCUCACCUGCUGCUCACUCUCUCUCUGACAGUAAAGAACGAAGCAGUCUCGUUAAGCUAAAAAGUGAAGUCAAGCAUAAAGCAUCUGUGGAAAUUCAGAAUCCAGACCUGAACACCAGGGAAAAAUGUUUUUUUACUUUUUCGUUCAAUAAACCCUCCGGGAAAUCAGACUUCAGUGUGUUUACAGCACAUGGUGAACCCACAGAGAAUAUCUACUCAGCCCUGAGAGCAAAUGACAAUUUCAGUAAAAGGAUGGAGAAGCAUCUUAAUAAGAACAUCUUUGUUUAUGAAAAGAAUACGAUAGGUGGAUAUGUAAAUUUAGGAAUGCCUCUCAAGUGCCUACCUGAAAAUGCCCAUUUUAAUAUAACACCUGGUCCAAAAAAGAGUGGCCUGGAAGAUGACCAGAUAUUACGCCAGUGUGAAAAUCCGAACAUGGAAUGCGUUCUUUUUCAUGUGGCUUCUGCUGGAAGGAGUGUGAAGAAGAUUCUCAAGAUGAAGGAAAUUUACGAAAAAAGAAGUACACUUUGUAUCUAUGCCUUCAAGGGUGAGACUAUCAAAGAAGCUCUACUCAAGGAUAGCCGAUUUCGUUCCGACCUUGACGAAUUUGAAUGGGAAGUAAGGGAAGGUCAUCAGAAAAUUCAUGGAAAAGAGUCCCUGGUGGAUGAAGUAUCUGGAAAAACCUUAGAAAUGGACAUUUUUAAGAAACAUGUCAGUAAAGGUACCCCUAAAAAAAUUAAACAGAAUGAAAAUGCCAAUGAAACCAGUCCCAGGAAUCAGAUACAGUCUGAGAUCAAAGAACAUGAACCAGAGACAGAUGGGGAGACUGAAGAUGUAGAGGCCAACAGAGAAAAAAUCGUCCCACCUCAGAAUCUAGCACAUGAUAUUGCAGGUAAAAAACGACGCACAAUUGCCAGGAUUAGGAGUUAUUAUAGUAAUAGUUUCAACAGAAGACACGGGAAGAAUAACUCAAGACAUAGGCAAAGGCCUCAUGUGGUUAUGCAGCAUGUUAUUAAGCUAGCUAUCCCGAGGACAGCAACUGACCUCUGGCUAAAGAAUUGCCAAUCGUUGGACAAAAGUAUAAUGGAUCAAUACCCAAAUUUGAAGGAGGAAGCACUUUGGAUGAGAAAGUAUUUUCAGGAUGAACAGAAGAGAACCAAACUGACAAGCUUUCAACAGUUCAACGUAUAUAAAAAGUAUUUUGGAAAAGUGACUGAAAAUUCUACUUCAGUUGCAACCUGUGAAGAUCUUCUCCAUCUUAGUGAGUCAGUUGGGUUCAUGACAUGGGACAAUAAUGGAAUCACAGGGAAUGCUACUUGCUUUGUCUUCAAUCAUGGUUAUAUUUUCACCUGUCGGCAUGUAAUACAUUUUAUGGUGGGAGUAGGCACAGAUCCAAGGUUUUGGCCAGAUAUAAUAAGCAAAUGUGCAAAGGUAUCUUUUAAAUAUAAAAGGUUCCACCCUAACAGUGUUGAUUGGUAUAACUUUGAGCCAUGGUUUGAAGUGUCUGAUGGUCCUCUAGAUUAUGCCAUUAUAAAGCUAAGCAAAAAUGGAAAUGGAUUUCCUCCAGGCCUGUUUAGACGAAUUUCCUCUCCACCACCUAGUGGUUUGAUUUAUAUAAUUGGUCACCCAGAAGGCCAGGUCAAGAAAAUAGAUGGCUGUGCUGUGGUUCCUGUAAAUCAGCGGUUAGAGAGGUACCCAGAACAGCAUCGAGAUGAGGUGGUAGCACCCCAUGCUGCCACUUACAAUGCUUUCUCUAUGUUCACACAAAGAAGUUUCCUAACAGAAGUCUGUAACACUGACACACUUAGCUAUGAUACCUGUUUUUCCAGUGGGUCCUCUGGCUCCCCAGUGUUUAAUACAUCUGGUGAAUUAGUUGCUAUGCACACUGUUGGGCAUUUUUAUUCUCAUGGAGGUAGAGACUAUGCCAUUAUUGAAUUUGGCUAUUCUAUUAAUUCAAUUCUUUGUGAUGUUAAACAGAAGAAUGAGAGGUUGUAUAAAUUAUUAAUCGAAGAGAACAACGAAAACCAUAGUGAAAACGAUAACAAACAAGAGUUGUUUCAGUCUCAUCAGACUGUACCCAUGGAACACUAGGAAAAAAAAUGUUUUAUUCAAGAAAAUAUGCCAAUAGCUUA